CUGGAAUAAGCUUGGACUGGGCCUGGUUUGGAGCUAGGGUGAGGUCAGGCUGGCUACCUGCGCUGAGGAAGUCCCGGAGUUCACCAGGGCUGCUGGAGUGGGUGGAGCUGUCUUUGCCUAGAGGGUAGGGAAGUAGAAGGCCCACCCCUAGCCUCCCAUUGGACCAAAGGCCCAGCCCACACCCAGCCUCUCCUGUCCCUGGUCCUCAGCUUAGUGCAGCCUGGAGUGGUGCAUUGUGGGAAACUCCCAAGUUCUUUUUUUUCCUCCCCACCCCCAUCCUUCUCUUCCUCCUCCUUUUCUUCCUUCUCCUCCUCCUCCUCCUCCUCCUCCUCCUUAUCUUCCUCCUUCUCCUCCUGUCCCUCCUGUCUCUGUGCAGACCGGUAGCAACCAGGGAGGUGGGGGAGAACCAGCCUGGCCCGGUCUGACUCCGGGACGAUUCUUGGUUCUGUGCCAUGCCCAGGGACCCUCGUGACUGAGCCACAUCUGCCUUCCUCCAGCCCUGCCCCUGCAGACCGCCCACAGUGAGGCCUGGCCCAAGCUAGCCCAGCCCAACAUGGAGGCCAAGGGGAGGCCUGCCAGCGGCCCCAAGUCUGAAUCCAAGUCCUCGCCAGCUUCUGCCACCCCCUCAGCCAAGGCUGAGAAGAAGGAGGCUCCAGAGAAGAGAGAGCAGCCGUCCACACCUCCGGCGCCCCCCAAGAAGGCCCAGGCAUCUGCCGACCCAGCUCUGCUCAACAGCCACAGUGGCCUGAAGCCCGAUCCAGGAGCUCCUGCAGCUCCCAGUCCUGCUGCUGGCUCAGAGCCGAAGGGCCCAGGGGAUGGCGCUGAGGAAGAGGGAGCGCCUGCACCAGCCGGAGGCCCUGGCGCCUUUGAGAACCUGAAGCCGCUGAUCGUGGCCGGCGGGGUGGCCGUGGCUGCCCUGGCAGUGGUUCUGGGGCUGGCUUUCUUGGCUCGGAAAAAAUAGCCCUGCCACUGUGGGGAAUAGGGGCACAUGGGGCACAGAGCAGACCCCCGUGCAGCUCCUUUGGAAAUCAGUGCAUGCCUGGGGGAGAAUCUCUCUUGUAACUAUAUGUAAUAUAUAUUCAUAUUAUAUAUCUAUACAUCUAUA